AUGCGGCUCUUCCUCGUCCGCCACGGCGAAACAGUCGACAACGUCGCAGGCAUUUACGCAGGAACCCGCGACUCGCCUCUCACCGCCCACGGCGCGCUGCAGGCCCGCCGUCUCGGUGCACACUUGGCCGCGCGGUCUGCUACCAUCGGCGCUGUCAGGCAUGUCUUCUCGUCCGAUCUGAAGAGGGCGGUCGAGACGGCACAGGCUGUGGUUGACGCCCAGCUCCCCCUCGCCACGAACAGUAGCAAGAAGACCGGGAGCGGAGAUCACGUGGUGGAUGCGGCGCCGUUGAAGGUUGUCCAGCUUCACGACCUGAGAGAGCGGGAUUUUGGCUCGGCUGAGGGCAAGAAGUUUAGCCCGGGCGUAGUUGGCGCUGAUGCCGAGUCGCAGGAUCAGAUGCGGUUGCGGGCUGAGCGGUUCGUGCGGGAGUGUCUCGUUCCGUUGUUCACGGAUGAGGAGGCCGCUGCCGGCGGAUGUGUGGUCGUGGUUGCGCACGGGUUGAUCCUUGAGUCGCUUCUGCGGGUGCUGCUGGCCAGCUUUGGUCCUGUGGCACUGACGCGGCCGGCGAGUCCCAGGCUGGUGGGCUGGAGCAACUCGGGCUAUGUCGAGCUUGUUGUCCGGGUCGACCAUCCCAGCACGCCCGCGGUCACGGAUGGGCUAGGUGAGGUGUCUGGUGAAAGAACAUCUGACCUGGUGCCAUCCACUGCGUCACUGGUGCAACAACCGAAGAUUACUUUAUCUGUGGUUGCUGCCAACGUGCUGAAGCACCUCGAAGGCUUGAAAAAGACUCGGGGUGGCAUCGGCAGUGCCCAGUUUGACAAGCGGCAGAGGACUGUGGACUCGUUCUUUGCUCCGGCGGCAAAGAAGGCCAAGGUUGGCCUAAGCCUGGAGGAGGCGGAAGCCACCCGACACCCAUCCGCGUACGCCAAGGCGGAUGGGUUGUGA